CCAAGAUGUAGUAGACCCCAGCAGCGGCAGCGGGGGCAAGAACACGAUGAGUGACAACUCCGCGCAGGGUCGUGGUCCUACCUUAUCUUUCAAGAACACAAACGCGCGCACCCAUUCUGUCGCCUGUUUCUCUUUGAUUACCUACCCGUACGAGACCGACGCGAUGGCAGCGCUUUCAGAAACGGUGGCCCCGCAUUGCGACGAGUUCCUCUUCUUUGUCGCGAACCGCACGAGUCCGGCCAGGUUUAACGGGUACAGGGUGCACGACUUGGACAUUGUCGAGGACGAGUGGAGGCAAUCCUCGAAGCAAGUCAACUUCCUGCAAAAGUGGUCGGCGAUCUUGCUCGAGUUAAUGCGAGAAAAAAGGAUUGGUUUAUAAUGGUGUAACUUUGUGAAGAUGCGCAUUUGCUCGCGUCUGUCAUGCUGGUCCUGCGUUAUUGUAGUGUAAAAGUAAAUUAAUUUAAUUUCAAGUGCGUUCUCGCUUCCUAUCUGCGUAUGAUAAUAUCAUAUUUUGCUUUCAUGCCACUGCUCCUGCAAAUAAAAGUUCCGCUUGCACACUUUUUUUCUUGGAUACAAGUCGUACGAGCACUACUACAGCAACGACGCGCUGGAUGGUGGGCUGGAGUUGGCCGCGAAGCAAUUGGAACAGCGGGAGGACCGGUUGUCGGAAAUCAUGCGGGGACGGAUUUACGUGCCCAAAGAGAGCGUUCUGACCGCGGGGGAGGAGGAGCGGAGGCUGUAUGCGGAGGUAGAAGGACAUGAACAAGCAGCGUCCGGAGAAGAUCAUGUUGAAGAUCAAAUGCAAAGUGAUCUUCUUCCAAAUGUUUCUACGGAUGAAAAAUCCUCCAAUCAACGGACGCCGUUUCUCGGCGAAUAUGUGCCUUUCGGCGUCGCUGAUGAUUUCGAGGACUCAACGUCGGACGAAGCAUCGAAAAGAAAAGCCGCUACUUCAUCACCGGCGCGCGAAAGGGACAUACUAGCAAAGCAGGAAGUUAUAUUCCCCCGCAAAACCGAUUUUGCUUCGGAGCAGGAGCAGGUUUUCUACGAGUCGCGCCGAAACUUCCACGGAACUAUCCCACCCGGGGCGGACCACUGGCAGAUCGUGCGAAGGUUUCCCAGUGACUUGUCCGAUUUGAAAACGGAUAGCGAGCGCAUGACACUGCUUAACGAGUUAGAGAAGGCGCAAAAGGUAUCCAAUGGAAAAGAAGUAUGUUGCUCGUUGUACUAGGUGCGUGGUUACAUUGCAUGGCAGCUUUCUUUUCUAACCUAAUAAACCUUAACCUAGCCUCAGUCGCGGAUGACCAUGUAGAACAAAUCGUUGUCAAGCUGGUAGGAGCUCGUCCCCGAUUUAGGUACUGAUAAUAAAUGCGGUUAUUUAAAUAACUUCUACAACUAGAAGAACUAGUGCAAGAGCAAGUCCGAGACUUCGACUUGUAGUAUUGCAUACAAGGAGUACAAAUUCGCGAAGUUCAAAUUUGAAAAGCAUGUGGAAGCGAUCACACAGAUACAGGGGGAGUAUGAAGAACAGGAGAGCAGUUCUGGAUCUCGUCCCGACGCCGAACCGCAGAACGGAUUGAACAACGUCAAACCCGCAGCGGAUUCGAUAGAUGGCACGGAUGAAGUCUUCAGUGAGGACAGAGAUGAACAAAGGGAACUACAAGAAAGUGGCGAAAGUAGCAGAACAGACCUUCCUAGACAACCCCCGACGUCGUCAAGCAUCCACUCUAAGCUGAAAUUCAUUCCUGAUUGGUACUGUUUCCUUGAGUCCGACGUGUAUUUCAUCCCCGAAAACUUCAAGCGCUACGCACUCCUGAACAACUACGACCCGUGGCGGCAAGCGUUGUUCCUCGGCCACGUGUGGUUGUACGGGAACAUUUUGAUGGGGCAGGUGACCGAGCACAACUACGGUUCCUGUCUGAGUCGCAGAGCCUACGCGAAGUUGGCGGUGAAGUUUCAGCAGCUGAAACUCGACGAACUGGAGGAGGAGCGGAUUUUGCUGGAAAAAGCGCAGCGGAAAGUGCGGGGAAAGUUGCUGGAGGUGAAAGAAUUCUUGGAGAAUAUUGAAACUUCGAAAGGACAACCAGAACCUGCUCCUGUGUUGCGCGAAGAGAUGCUAUCCUCCUCCUUCUGGAUCAAAGCCGAGCAGGAGAGAAUCUGGAAGUCGCAGGAGGUUGGUGUCGAGCACGUGGAAGGGAUUCUCCCCGGGGAAAUUUUUUCGGAAAGACCCGCGAGGACCGCAACAGUGCCCGCGGGCGAGCUGCAGGAGGAAGAUGACCCCGUAGCUACCGACUUCGUUGUCGCUUCAAGACAAGAUGAACGGGUGCGAACAGGUGCUGGCGAAGAUCAUGAUGAUGCGAAAAAAGAAGUAGUACAACUUCUACCACUACUAGAGCAACAGGCCUCUACUGGAGGUCCUGCACCCACUGAAAAAUCUCGUCAACAAGAAGACGAAACAUCAGUAGAGCCUUCCUCGACAUCAAUAUUAACUUUUGACGUGGUUCUGAGCCAAUUCCACCACCUUCAAAAAGUGUAUUCCGAUCUGCAAACGCGUUCGCCGUCCCUGAAAGAUCCGGAGCUCUACCUCGGCCGCGUCCGCCCCAGUUCCGCAAACCACUUCGGCACGAGAAGGAUCCCGUCCCACUUUCAAUGCCUCCCCUGGAAACCCUAUGAGUGGCACGAUUCCAUCGGGAUUGUCCAAGCCUGUCUGUUCGACAUCGGCGUCUUCUCCCAGAAUCCGCAAAAGGUGACGGACAGUCUGGGGCGGUACUACUACGCGCAGGCCCUGAACCGGGUGAGGGAACUGUCCCCGCCGGUGAAGGCCUAUGGAUUGCAAAAGUGUCUGGGUCUGGAAGAGUGCAAGAUUUGUGAUGCAGGUUUUCCAUGACCCAUGAGGUCUGGAAUGCGAGACCCAGCAUGACAGAUUUUCUGAGGUCUCUAUCAUGCCUUUCCUGCAUGAGAAACCCCCUCCCAACUUGGUCAAAAGCGGACAGCUCUUGGUACUCACGCAACACAGAUUUUUGCAUCAUUCAGAUUGUCUAUUGUUUCAGAUUUAGCAUGACAAGUUGCAUUCUUCCAGACCCAGACAUUUUUGCAUUUGAUAAGGCCAACGACAUGACGAUCUUGGCGCCGCGGGAUGUGCAAGAGCAGUACAAAAUGCUCAAGGGGAUGUGGGUGGCGCGGGUGCACGAGAACAAGAUCUGUCUGGCGAAGCGGCGGGAGAAGCAGAUGCUGCGUUUGUUGUACCUGGAAAAAACCGCGAAGGUGUUUGUGGGACAAGAGUUUGGUGAUGCCCAGGAAGUUGUAGAGGUCGAUAUGCAACAAGUACAAGCCGACGGUCGUGUUGACAACAAGAACGACGAGACGAUGGAAGACCAACAAGACCUUCAUGUUGCUGAUGACAGUGCUGAAGGACAUCAUCAAACCGACGAGCAGAUGAAACGAGAAGCUACUACAACAAUUGUAUCGACCCUCCACGCGGACGCGCACAGUCUUCUCUACGGGCAGCACUACUUGGCGUACGGAGACACCGGCGGACUGGACGCGGAAACAAUGGCAAGGGUAGCUGCGCAGACAGCCGUGACAGAUUUUGCAGCUUCGUCUCAACAGCACCGGAACUACAACUCCAGGAGGCAGCUGACAGGCAUGUCAGAUGAAAGUAAAAAUGGUAAUAGAGCGGGACUAAAUAUUAAAGAUUCGCACUUCACCGAUGCCACCGCGAUGGAGAACGUGCAGAAUCUCGUCACGGACAGCUUUGCAAAAACGAAAAUUUUGGAAAAAGACAGUCGGAUGAGCGAGGCAAAGUACGGGCUUGUGGAUGAGGUAGUUGGAGAGCAUUAUCUAGAUGAUGAUGUUGUGGAUCAACGCACCACGACCACCCAGGAUAGUACCCGCCGCGCCACCUCUGCACGACCAUCAUCUUCCCGUCACCACCUCUUUUCCGAGUCCGAGCUUCUCGAGUUAGCGGAAGACGGAAAGCUCGAGGCGGCAGUGAAUACACAAGAUGCAGAGAAUCAUGCACGAAGCACCGUCCCCUUUUCCACACUGAACGCCAUCCUGAAAGCGUACGAAGAAGACCAAAAACCGACGUUCGCCUACUCGGAAUUCCCCAUUUGCUUUCACGGGCACCGGGCGAAAACGCUGAAUCAAGAGGUCAUCGUGCGGAUAUGCACCGCAAAUUGUAUGAUUGAAUGUCGUCGUCUGGACGAUGAACUCGAAUGCACACAAUUCUACGUUUUCCGUGUUGAGCAGUAGACUUGCGAUGUUUAUUUACACGGCAUGAAUAUCAUGGAUACAACUGACAAAUUUUUUAUCGGCCGGCAUUGCCAUCUAAGUAGAGUUGAAUGUUGACAUUGACAACGAAAUCUCUUCCAGAACGAGCACGACGGAAGAAGUUUAACAAUGAAAUCUCUCCCAUUUUUCAUCCCGCACCACAGAUCUUCUUGUCCUCGAGAUUUGUCGCAUGACAGACACGACAGAUUUUCGAUGCAUAGCGGAACACCGGGGACAACAACCGAAACGCGAAACGGAAGAAGAAGAAAAACUUCUCGAUGAAUUACGUCCACGAAGUUGUGCGGAAGGGAAAAAAGUGUCCAGUCUACUUUUGCGGGAGCUACGAACCUAUCGAAAGGAAAAAUCCCCCCUCCCCAUAUCAAAACGGAAUUUCUAAUGCUGGAUUUGUGUACACAAAUCAGGUUUGUAUUGCAGAGAGGCAUUGCGGCCAGAUCCCCAGGCUAGGUAGAGGCGUAGGGGUCUAGUUGUUCAGCAUGGCAAACGGCUCAGCUUUAGUCCCAGCAGCAUGACAAAUCGCUUCCAUAAUGGGGUGGAAGCUUCUGCCCUUGUCUUCUUGCAAGACAGAGGUGAUUUGUGACCUCAAAUCAGCAACACAAAUUUUCGGCAACAUACCUUUUCGAUAUGGGGAGGGGGGAUUUUUCCUUUUGAUAGAACCGAAGGUGUGGCAACUGCCGGCCGAACUGCUGCGCGGGGCGCAGUUUGGGGAUCUUUUCCCGGAUAUGCACUUUGCAAAUAGUACGUUUUGGUCUGGGAAGGUGAUGCUAUAUUUUGGACGAAGAGGAAGAUCGGUCUUGCAUGAAAAGCACAACAGAGAGCCGUUUUUUUUCGGGAUUUCUCAUGCAGGGCAAGAACUAGAUUCAGAUCCAGAUCCAGAAUUCAUGUAAAUCAAGAUUCUAUAAUGAAAAUGUUGCAUGCUAGACCUUCUUCUGGAUCAUCCACCAAGUGGAUAACAAGAGCCUGCAAGCAUUGUUCCAGACGCAGACACAUUUGCACUGGAUACCGGAGUACGUUGCGAAGCGGUGGAGACUAUCCACUACAAAAGAAUUGUCCUCGUAGUAAUUGCAGACAUGCAGCGUAAUAAAUAAGUCUUCUUUAUUCGUCCAACUCCAAGGUAGAACUAUAGCUGCAUGACAAAUCCAAUUGUUCACGCUGGGAAUUUUUUGUAUAUGCAGUUUAUACGAGCACAAUGCUUUUGCACCGCAUAGAGAAGGCGAGCGCUUUCGUCCGGGACGAUCGAGCAUGAAGUAGAGGAGAAAUCACGCUGAUCAUGAGUCGUGCUAGAGCAAGUUCGACGACGAUCUUGCUACUAAAAUGCCGCGAUAAAAUUUGUAGCAAGUUGUAGUAAGUCCGUGUUUCUUUAGUAUAGCAAAAGGCCCCAAAAGACCGUGGCCCUGAGCUCGUGUUAGUAGGUCAUUUCGCUGUCUUUUAUUUAAGGAGGUCGGGAUCACGCUUUUGGACCGAGUUGCUGUACUACCUGACUAUGCAAUCGAUCCUGUGACCGCGCAUGCAAGCUCACGUAAGUGUCCAAAUAUAGCGUAUUCGUGUGACCACAGUGACGAGCAAUUCUUGCGAGCAC